CUGACCAGGCUACCAUCCCCACUGUUACCACCAUGAAGCUGCUUGCUCUGACUGUGUUGCUCCUCACCGUCUGUAACCUUGAAGGGGCUCUUGUUAGGAGACAGGCAGAGGAACCAAAUCUGCAGAGCCUGGUCUCUCGGUACUUCCAGACGGUGACCGACUAUGGCCAGGACCUGCUGGAGAAGGCCAAGGGCCCAGAGCUUCAGGCCCAGGCCAAGGCUUAUUUUGAGAAGACACAGGAGCAGCUAACGCCCCUGGUCAAGAAGGCCGGAACUGACCUGAUCAACUUCUUGAGCAGUUUCAUGGACCUCAAAACACAGCCUGCCCCCCAAUGAGGCAUCCAGACCAUUGUCUUCUAUCCCCAGCUGGCCACUAGAACACCCACUGGUCCAGCCUAGAGUGCUCUCCCCCACA